CGACAGCCGGGCCUCAGUGGCAUAUGCGUCAUUUCUGUUCAGGAGUACAAAAGAUUUUCUCAUCGUCCUCCUUCCUCUUUCACUGGUUUAUUUAGAGGUUUUAUCAUAUAAAGUUAUAAACCACCAAACUGAAAAAAUUUAUUCUCCCACCCAAUAUAAAUCCGGCCAGCUCUCCUUCAGAUCUCCGCCCGCGGUGAUAGAAUCGGGAAAUGAGGGAGCCGGAUAACGACACCCAUGCGCCGCCGCAGUCUCUGCUCGAGAGGCUCAAGGAUUACGGCCAGGAAGACGCCUUUGCCCUCUGGGAGGAGCUCUCCCCUGAAGAACGCGACAUUCUCAUUAAGGACCUGGAGAGCUUAGAUCUCUCGAGAGUUGAUCGGAUUAUUCGUUGCUCGUUUCGCUCUCAAGGGCUACCGGUAGCCACGAUAGAGCCGAUCCCGGAGAGCAAUGUUUCAACUGUAGAAAAGCGAACAAUGGAAGAAAGGGAGAGGUGGUGGAAAAUGGGAAUGAAGGCCAUCUCAGAUGGAAAGUUGGGUGUGCUACUUUUGUCCGGUGGACAGGGAACUCGUCUUGGGAGUUCAGACCCAAAAGGCUGUUUCAACAUCGGACUUCCAUCUGGAAAAUCACUUUUCCAACUUCAAGCUGAGCGAAUUUUGUGCCUUCAACGGUUGGCAGCUCAAUCUGUGAAUGAGGCUUCUGUUAGUAUCACACCAAUUCAUUGGUACAUAAUGACUAGUCCAUUUACUGAUGAACCCACACGGAAAUUCUUUGAAAGACGCAAAUAUUUUGGCCUUGAAGAAGAUCAAGUCACAUUCUUCCAGCAAGGCACUAUACCAUGUGUAUCAAGAGAUGGUAGAUUUAUAAUGGAAACUCCUUACAGGGUAGCAAAGUCACCUGAUGGAAAUGGAGGAGUUUAUUCAGCUUUGAAAACAUCAAGGUUAUUGGAAGAUAUGGCUAUGAGAGGCAUAAAAUACUUGGACUGCUAUGGAGUUGACAAUGCUCUAGUACGAGUGGGAGAUCCAACUUUUUUGGGCUAUUUCAUUGAUAAAGGUGUACCCGCAGCUGCUAAAGUUGUUCGGAAGGCAUACCCACAAGAGCAGGUUGGUGUAUUUGUUCAACGAGGUAAAGGUGGGCCGAUCUCUGUAGUUGAGUACAGUGAAUUGGACUCAUCACUUGCAAGUGCAAUUAAUCAAGAAACUGGCCGCCUUCGAUUUUGUUGGAGUAAUGUUUGCCUGCACAUGUUCACUUUAGAUUUUCUGAACCAAGUCGCAAAUGGCCUUGAGAAAGACAGCAUCUAUCAUCUUGCAGAGAAGAAUAUUCCUUCAAUCCAUGGACACACAGUAGGAUUCAAAUUGGAACAAUUUAUAUUCGAUGCCUUUCCUUAUGCUCCAUCAACCGCACUAUUUGAGGUGCUGCGUGAAGAAGAAUUCGCACCCGUGAAAAAUACGAACGGGUCAAAUUUUGACACUCCUGAUAGUGCCCGUUUGCUUGUCCUUCGCCUGCACGCUCGUUGGGUGGUUGCUGCCGGAGGCUUCUUGACUCACUCUGUGCCCUUAUAUGCUACCGGUUUGGAAGUUUCGCCUCUUUGCUCGUAUGCUGGGGAGAAUCUGGAGGCCAUCUGCCGAGGAAGAACAUUUCAUGCUCCAUAUAUCUCUGUUAUACCUGCUGCUGCAUUUCUAUUCCUCUCAGGCACAUCUUCUCUUACUCAAAAAGUUCGCAACGUUUUUCUCCCACAGCAUAUCUCUUCACUCUCCUCUCCCAAGCCAAUGGGUUUGAUGAUCAGGCACUUUUCUCAGCCUGCACCGUUAGACGACGAGGAUGAAGAAAUCGAGAUCGACCAAAAACGGCUCCCGACAGAUUACGACCCGUCCAACUUCGACCCCACAGAGCAUCGCAGCCCGCCUUCCCAACGGGUUUGGAAGCUCGUGGAUGAGAUAUCUGGGCUCACGCUAAUCGAGGCAGCUGAGCUGUCAUCGAUCAUGAUGAGGAAGCUGAUGAUGAAGGAAAUGCCCGUUAUAGGCAUCAUGAAGCCAGGGUCUGUGGGGCCCACAGCCGCCGGGGCUGGGCCCACGGCCGCCAAGGAGGAGAAGAAACCUGAGAAGACAGCGUUUGAGCUAAAAAUGGAGUCUUUUGACGCGGGAUCUAAGCUCAAGGUGAUUAAGGAGAUUCGAAGCUUUACUGAACUUGGUCUGAAGGAGGCUAAGGACUUGGUGGAGAAGACGCCAGCUGUUAUCAAGAAGGGGGUCUCGAAGGAGGAGGCGGAGAAAAUUAUCGAGAAAAUGAAGGCAGUCGGGGCAAAUGUUGUUAUGGAAUGA